AAAUCUGAGUUUCGCGGGAGGGUCUUUCGCGCGUAAACUGUAUCCCUUCAUUCAUUGUCAGCUUCCUGGAGCCAUUUUUCAGCUGCAAAGACGGAGGCUCUUGUCAGUUUUAAAUCCAUUGCAUCUGGCUGUCUGUGUUCUUAAUAUUAACUUAAAAUUAGUAAUAUCGGUACAUUAGACUCUCUUCUAAGUUAUACUGUUAGUAUUUCAAACGUUGUUGAUUUGGAUUUCGAGAAAAUCGGCUCCAAACCAGAGGAGGGACAAAGGGCAGCCGGAGCAAAUAAAGAUGAGAAAAGGGAUCUCCCCAGCUCCAGAGAAAGUAAUAGUAGCAGGGGUUGGAGUCCCAGCCGUUGAAAAAAGUACUGUUUUAACUGGACUGUCAGAAAGUUUUACUUCUAGUUUUCCCAACGCUACAUAUAUCCAGAUUAUCACCCCGCCGUCCUGUAUUCCACAGACUACGAAUGUCUGUGUGUCCGAGUCGCCAGCUGGCAGUUUGAUUUACUCCACUCCUCACGGACCAACAAACGGAACGGGACAACGACCUGCAUUCGGACGUCCACCGGCAAAGAGGCGACUGGAGCUGGAUGACAGUGACCAUCAGUACCUCAGUGAAGAAGCCAAGACACCCAAGGGGAAGGGCAGGGCCACGACCCGAAACCUCAGCAGUCCUAAGACUCCCAAGUCCCCAUCGGAGAAGACGCGCUAUGACACGUCUCUGGGACUCUUGACCAAGAAGUUUGUUCAGCUACUUGGUCAGUCGUCAGACGGUGUGGUAGACCUGAAUCGGGCCGCGGAGGUCCUCAAGGUGCAGAAGAGACGCCUCUAUGACAUUACAAAUGUGCUGGAGGGUAUUCACCUCAUCAAGAAGAAAUCCAAAAACAACAUUCAGUGGAUGGGCUGCAAUCUGUCGGAGGAGGGGGGAACUCUGAACCGGUGUCAGGCACUGAGCCGAGAGAUGGCAGAGCUGAGUCAGGUGGAGAAAAGGCUCGAUGAGCUCAUCCAGAGCUGCACCCUUGAUGUACGGCAGCUCACAGAGGAGUCUUUGAACCAGAAAUUUGCAUAUGUUACCUACCAAGACAUCCGGAGGAUAAAAAGCCUAAGAGAUCAGACUGUGAUUGCAGUGAAAGCUCCCUCAGAGACCAAGCUAGAGGUGCCAGACCCACAGGAGAAUUUACAAGUCCACCUAACCAGCACACAGGGUCCUAUAGAAGUGUUUCUAUGUCCAGAUGAGAAUGUUCCCAACAGUCCACUGAAAAACACUUUGGACCUGAAUGGAAAUUCUUCCCCUUUAGUGAAAGUCUUACAAGAAUCCUGCAGCUCCUUGGGGCCUGAUUGUCCAGUGACAGUUUCAAAUGUUUCCCCACUGACGUCCCCAAUUUCCAGCCUCUUACAGCAGACUGAGGACCAAAUCCCUUCCGGACUGGAAGGACCAUUUGUAAACUUGUCGCCUCCUUUGAUCCAUGAAGACUACUUACUGAGCCUGGGCGAUGAGGAGGGAAUUAGUGACCUUUUUGAUGCAUAUGAUUUAGAUAAGCUCCCACUGGAUGACCUCCUUUGCAACUAACUGGGCGUUGUCUGCCAGGAAUAGACUAACCUAGAAGGUGGAUCUAGGAGGCCUCGUUUGUUAAAAGAGGUGCUUCUUUGUCUUCCUUUUAUCUCUAACUCAGAUCUGCAACAGCAGAGUGGUUUGCCUUAAUCUGUACCCUUCAAAGGGUACACAGAUUUUAAACCUGAUGCGAGAUCUGCCUUAUGAAGUCGGGCACAAACCCUCAAAAUAUAUUCAGUGUUACACAUUCUGGCUGUCUCAUUUUACACAACUGCUAAUGUCAAGUUCUGUUACAGAAUGACUGUACAGAAUAAAAUUGUGCAAGCAAGGAUUUUUUUUUU